AUGAGUGUUAACAACGGCGGUGGUCGAAGCGGCGCAUUUUUGGCGUUGGAUGCAAAUUUAGAGCUCUUGAAGAGGACAGGGCAAAUUGAUGUGUAUGAGUAUGGCAAAAUACUGAUUAAUGCUCGACCUCAUCUGAUUGAUUCCGUGGAUCAAUACCAAUUCAUCUAUGAAGCCCUCGCUGAGGCAGUGCUGUGUAAUAUUGAACCGAUCGAAAUGUCACAAUUGAAAAAAAGGAGUACCAUGUACAAAGCCAAGAAGAAUCGUCAAGUAAUGGAAGCACAGGUUGCUGAUGAAGCUAAGUUACUGGUAAUGUUGACGCCUACAUUGAGGAUAGGUGAUUGUGCUGGUGGUCAUCGGUUAGAGAAUCGUGGUAAAAACAGGGAUGUCAUGGUGGUGCCACCUGAUCACGCUCGGCCAUAUUUGCAAACGUUACACGGUGAAAGUAAAGAUUACACUUACAUCAAUGCAGUUGAAGUGGACGGUUUUAAACGGAAAAAUGAGUUUAUCAUAACAGAAUGGCCAAAAAACUCAACAUUGGACAGUUUUUGGACGUUGGUUUUCGAUCAUAGUUGCCAUACCAUUAUUAAUUUAAGUAAUCGGGGGCGUUCUCGAGCAUAUCCAACAUUUCUACAUAGCAAAGGAAAACAUACUUACGGACCUUUCAUUGUAGAAAUUUUAAAUCAUCAUCAGUAUCCAUCGAUGACCUCCCAUAUGGUCAAAAUUAUGAAAAAAUUAUUUAUGAUCUCAGAAAUAAUGGCAAAUGGUAUCAAUCAUCAUCAUCAGCAGCAGAUGGAAGCCGAAGUUAGGAUAUGUUGUGUUAUACAGAUUCGAAUGUGGCCAAUUGAAAAUAAAGUACCAUUAUCAACAUCUGGUCUCAUUGAUAUGAUAAAAAUGGCACGUGGCUGGCGGAAACGUGCUCCGGAACGGCCGGAAACAAAACCCACAAUUGUUAUGUCGCAUAAUGGUGUAAAUCGAUGUGGCAUUUAUAUAGCAGCCAAUGUUUGCAUCGAUCAGAUGGAUAUGGAUCAUGAAGUUGAUGUCUUUCAUGCUGUCAAAUUAAUUCGAAUAAAUAGGCCACAACUUGUUGACAGAGAUGAGUACAAAUAUUUGUAUGAUUUGAUGCUGCACUGGUACAUGACCAAUCCGGAGUAUCGUAUUUUUGACCAGAAGGAGGAAUCACGUGAUUCGACGGCACAAAAUAGUUCGUUCCGUAAUUUGAUACGCUCCAGUAAUUCGAUAGCUUUGAGUGCUGCUGAUCAUAUAAGUUGA